AUGCCAGAUCAAGUCCAAGACAAGCAAGGAAAUCCCAUCAAUGAAGGUGAUACAGUCUACACCAAAGCCCGAGGUGGAAAACGGGAAGGAGAGGUCGAAGAAAUAAUCAUGACGCAGGAAGAGGCCAAAACAUCUUCCAAGGAGAAUGUCAAAAAUCCUCCAAAAGUCGUUUUCACCGAUCAACAUGGUCAUAAGGUUGCGCAUAAUCCUGGAACGCUCGAGAAUUUGGAUGCAUAG